AUGACUCAACCGGCCGCGCAAGCUGCCCCUCUCGAAAAGAUGACAGCAGCGUUUGACUACGCUUCAGGCGUCGCAGGCGAUUUGGAGUUCAAAGCUGGUGACACAAUAGAGGUGGUUACUCGACUGGAUCAAGAUUGGAUUCGCGGCCGAGUGAAUGGUCGAGAAGGUUUGGCCCCUCUGACUUUCCUGGCUCCUUUUGGGACUCCGGUGAAGAGUCCCAAGUCGCGAGGAAUUGCCUCUAUCGCUUCUCUAGGAGGCACUGGACGGACUGCUACCGCAAUUGCUGAUCAUUGCUCGGAUGACCCGAAAAUGUUAUACUUUUCUAAGGGAGACCGAAUACUCAUCGUUGAGGACGUGGACAGCUACUGGUAUCGUGGAAAAGUUGAAGGUUUCAAGACAUUACCGCCUGGAUUGUUCCCAAAAGCGCUUGUUAAGGAGGAUUAG